AUGGUUGACAUCGAGGACCUGGCAUCGGGUAACCACCCUUUUGACGAGGACAGGCGAGCCGGAUUAGGUCGUAAACAAAGCGGCAAAAGCGCCGUAAACAGCUUGAAUGGAGAGAUCUCAACCGUUGAUUCCCAAGCACCCCUUCCUGAAGUAGGAGGCGGCCGGCCUGCUGUUAGGCGACGGCCGAAGAAGUCAUCCGCAGUUCGCAUUGACGGUAACGGAAACGACAUCGGUAACGGUGUCAUUGAGAACGGUCUGAAGCAGGCAGGCGAGGUCUCGGACAGCGAAUUGAGGGUUUCAAAGCCAGAAGCUGGCAGCGGAAUUGCUCGUAUCGGGGAUGGCGCAGCGAAUGCGUUGGCCGAGCAUGGUGAUGAGAUCCAUCGCGAGGAUGAGAGUGCGCCGGCUUCUGUUCCUGGAACGCAGAGCGACAGUGAAUACAUGGCUGGGCAAUUGGCGGCGUUUGGAUACCAACUGGUGGAGGUGCCAUCUGAGGCGGACCUGUGGAUCAUCAACACGUGCACGGUGAAGAACCCAUCACAGUCUGCAAUGGAUACGCUCAUCCGCAAGGGCAGGGAGCUGAGCAAACGACUCGUGCUCGCAGGCUGCGUGCCCCAGGGCGGCGCAUGUAGCAGCAAGACAUCACGUGCAUCAGGUGUGUGGGAGCACCCAGGGUACUCAGGCCGAGAGAUAGGUGACAGGGGGGUGGCGGAGGGCGAGGAAGUGAGUGUGGUGGGAGUGCAGCAGAUCGACCAUGGCGACAGUGGGGUGGCGGAGGGCGAGGGAGUGAGUGUGGUGGGGGUGCAGCAGAUCGACCGAGUGGUGGAGGUGGGUGACAGUGGGGUGGCGGAGGGCGAGGGAGUGAGUGUGGUGGGGGUGCAGCAGAUCGACCGUGUGGUGGAGGUGGUGGAGGAGACGCUCAAGGGCAACACCGUCCGCCUGCUCUCCCGCAACCGGGCCCUACCCGCACUCGACCUGCCCAAGGUGCGGCGCAACAAGUGGGUGGAGAUCGUGCCCAUCAGUGUGGGCUGCCUGGGUGCAUGCACCUACUGCAAGACAAAGCACGCCAGAGGCCACCUCGGCUCCUACCCUCUGCCUGUGCUGGUGGGACAGGGUGUGGGCGCUGUAUCAGAGGACGUGGACAGGGUGCGGGCAGCAGUAGCAGAGGGAGUGCGAGAGAUCUGGCUAAGCAGCGAGGACACGGGCGCCUAUGGUCGGGACAUCGGCAGCGACCUGCCCUCCCUCCUCUCCGCCCUCGUGACCUCCCUCCCCCCUGACGGCCGCUGCAUGCUGCGAGUCGGCAUGACCAACCCGCCCUACAUUCUCGAGCAUCUGCCCGAAAUCGCGAAAAUCCUCAACCACGCCUGCGUGUACAAGUUUCUGCACCUGCCCGUGCAGUCGGGCAGCAACAGCGUGCUGGAGGGCAUGAAGAGGGAGUAUACAGUGGAGGAGUUCUGCCGGGUGGUUGACACACUCAUGGGGCUGGUCCCUGGCUUGGAGAUCGCCACCGACAUCAUCUGUGGCUUCCCAGGAGAGACAGCAGCUGACUUUGAGCAGACCUUGGAUCUGAUUCGCAAGUACAAGUUUGCUCAAGUGCACAUCUCCCAGUUCUACCCCCGCCCAGGCACGCCAGCAGCGCGCAUGCCCAAAGUGCCAUCAGGGGAGGUGAAGCAGCGCAGCAGAGCACUCACCGCCCUCAUAGAGUCCUUCACUCCCUACACGAACCUUCUUGGAACCACCCAGAGGGUCUGGAUCACCGAUGUUGCCGCAGAUAAGACGAAGCUUGUCGGCCACACGGAUAGCUACGUGCAGGUGCUCGUACCCCCUGAUGACGUGGCAUUGGAUAAGCUGCCAGGUGGCAAGCCACCAGGUGACACGUCAGCAGCCAGUGUGUCUUCAGAUGACGCCGUGGAUCAAGAUAAAAAAGCUUUGGGGCAAAUUGCGACAGCCAAUGGGCGGACGGCGAAAGCGAAUGAGCCGACCAGUGGUGGCAAGAGUGCGCUUUUUGGGUCGGACUUGUUUGUCCGCAUCAUCACAGUCGGGCGGUGGUCUGUGAUUGGCGUGCCGGUGUCUGCCCCAGUGAAGUAUCUGCCUGUUGCUGCCGGAAGCCUAGAUAUUCUUAACAAGGCUCAGCAGAGCAAGGAGCAGCAGCAGGUUGAGACUGAAGAGCAGCCACCGCUACCACCAUUGCUGCAGGAGCAGCAGUCGAAGGAGCAUCAGGAGGCAGGAAUGGGGGGAGCGUCAGAUGGGUGUUGUGGUGGAGGGAGUGAAGGAGCUUGCGCUUGCUCUGGUGAUACUCCUGCUGCUGCUUCUGCAGAAGGGGACAAGUGCUGCAACACGGGAAGCUCGUCCUCCAGUGGUGUUUUGGCAGCAGCUGUGGAAGGAGAAGUGAACUCCACAACUGCGGUUCCUGCAUGUGGGAGAGGAGCAGGAAUGGGCGGGGAGUUGGUUGACAGAUUGUUGCUUGCUGGUAUAGCGGUAGGAGCAUUAGGCAUUGCGGUCUCUUUGGCUUGGACUGUAUACAUUCGCUACACUCCGCCUGUUUUUACCCCAACCCCGCUUCCGCCUGGUCCGCCUGCUUUCACGCCGUCCUCCGCCAUGUCGUCGCUCCCGCAAGGUCUACUCCCGUCCGAGGACGAUCUGCUAUACGAGGAAGAGAUUCUCAGAAACCCUUUUUCUCUUAAACUCUGGUGGCGGUACCUCGCGGCGCGGCGCGAUUCGCCCGCGCGGAAGCGGUACUUGAUUUACGAGCGCGCGUUAGUAGCUCUCCCGGGAUCUUACAAGCUAUGGGCGGCGUACCUUAAGGAACGCCGCGCGGCGGUCCGCGGGCUUCCCGCGAAUCACGCUGCGCACGCCGCUUUGAACAACGCGUUCGAGCGCGCUUUAGUUACGAUGCACCGCAUGCCGCGCAUUUGGCUCGAGUACCUAUCCGCGUUGGUAGACGACCAGAAGCUAGUAACGCGCGCGCGUCGCACGUUCGAUCGUGCGCUUCGAUCCCUGCCCGCGACGCAACACGACAGGCUCUGGGAUCCGUAUCUUAGAUUCGUCCGCCAGCCUGGCAUUCCCAUCGAGACCGCUCGCCGGAUAUUCCGCCGGUUUUUGCGGUUCGAUCCGUUGCGCGUGGAGGAGUACGUGGAGUUCUUGGUCGAAGCGCAGGAAUGGCGCGAAGCGGCGGAGCGGCUCGCGUCGGCUUUAAACGACGAGAAAUUCGUGUCGGUGCGCGGGAGAACGCGGCACCAGCUGUGGCUGCAGCUCUGUGAUUUGCUCACGCGGCACGCGGAGGUGAUGCACGGGGACGCGGGAGGCCGGGGGGGAGGCGGAGCAGUCGGAAGCGGAAGCGGAGGCGGAGGGGGGAUAGGCGGAAGCGGAACCCUAAAAGUGGACGCGAUUCUGCGAAGCGGAAUUCGGCGGUUUUCACACGAGGUAGGGCGAUUAUGGACGUCCUUAGCGGAUUAUUACAUCCGGCGAGGGCUGUUUGAGCGCGCUAGAGACGUGUACGAGGACGGAUUAACUAGUGUGAUGACGGUGCGCGAUUUCAGCGUGGUGUUCGACGCCUUGGCGCAGUUCGAAGAGAGUAUGCUGGCGGCCAAACUAGAGCUCACUGCUGGAGAGGAGGAGGAGCAGGAGGAGGAGGCGGAGGGGGAAGAGGAGGAAAAGGAGUGGUGGGAAGAGGAAGAGGACGGAGUGGCGGAGGGGGAGGAGGCGGGUGCAGGAGCAGAGGAAGCGGCGAGGAGAGAGGACGGGCAGGAGCAGCAGCAGGCAGAGGGUCAAGCAGACAAGGAGGGACAGCCCAAGGGGAAGAAGCUGACGAAACAACAACUGCUGAAGCUGCAGCAGCUCCACCAACAGCAGCAGCAGCAGCAGAAGGUACAAGACGGGGCAAAUCUGGCCAAGAAGCAGCAGAAGAAGAAGCCGUUAGACUGGAUGUUCCGAACAGCAGACGCGGAUCUGCGCUUGGCGCGCUUAGAAGCCCUCAUGGACCGCCGCCCCGAGCUCGUCUCCGCAGUCCUCCUCCGCCAGAACCCCCACAACGUGCACGAGUGGCAUAAGCGUGCCAAGCUCUUCCAAACCAAUCCUGAGCGUCAGAUCCUGACCUACACCGAGGCUGUGAAGACCGUGGAUCCGUUUCAGGCGGUGGGGAAGCCGCAUACGCUCUGGGUGGCGUUUGCAAAGCUGUAUGAGAAGCAUGGGGACUUGGGGAAUGCGAGGCGGGUGCUGGAGCGGGCCGUUCAGGCGCGGUUGAAAGCGGUGGAGGACGUUGCGGCGGUGUGGUGUGAGUGGGCGGAGAUGGAAGUGCGGCAUCAUAACUUCCACGGGGCGAGGGAGCUGCUGAGGCGAGCAACGCUGCAGCCGUCAGUGGCUGUGCUGCGCCAAGCGGCGGCGGAAGGAGACGAGAGGCCGCAGCUGAAGGUGUAUCGCAGCCUCAAGGUGUGGACGCUGUACGUGGACCUGGAGGAGAGCCUGGGCACUCUAGAGACCACCCGGGCGGUGUACGAUCGAAUCAUCGACCUCAAGAUUGCCACGCCUCAGAUCAUCAUUAACUACGCACUCAUGCUCGAGGCGGACUAUAACCGAAUCAUUGAUUUCAAGAUCGCCACGCCCCAGAUCAUCAUCAACUACGCGCUCAUGCUCGAGGCGGACUAUACCCGAAUCAUUGACCUCAAGAUCGCCACGCCUCAGAUCAUCAUCAACUACGCACUCAUGCUCGAGGAGCACAAGUAUUUCGAGGACAGCUUCAAGGUGUACGAGCGUGGAGUGAAUAUAUUCAAGUACCCGCACGCGCGCGACAUCUGGACCACCUACCUCUCCAAGUUCGUUCAGCGCUACGGAGGGAAGAAGCUGGAGCGGGCGCGAGAUCUCUUUGAACAGGCUCUUGAGAGUGCCCCAGCGACGGACUGCAAGCCACUCUACUUGGCCUAUGCAAAGCUAGAGGAGGAGUAUGGGCUGGCACGGCAUGCCAUGGCCGUGUAUGAGCGAGCAGCACAGGCUGUGCCGGAGGAGCAGCGCAUGGGCGUGUAUGAGCUCUUCAUUGCGCGGGCGGCUGAGCUGUUUGGGGUGGCCAAGACACGCGAUAUCUACGAGAGAGCCAUCGAGUCUGGCCUACCAGACGCGGAUGUGAAGCGCAUGUGCCUGCGGUACGCGGCGCUGGAGAGGCGGCUGGGGGAGAUCGACCGCGCGAGAGCCAUCUUUGUGCACGCCAGCCAGCUGGCGGACCCGCGCUCCGACGGGGAGUUCUGGGAGGCGUGGAACGCGUUUGAGAUCGCGCAUGGGAAUGAGGACACGUUCCGGGACAUGCUUCGGAUCAAGCGAUCCGUUUCGGCUAGCUACAGCCAGGUUUGUGAGUUGCUCGCUGACCCGCGGUCCGACGGGGAGUUCUGGGAGGCGUGGAACGCGUUUGAGAUCGCUCACGGGAAUGAUGACACGUUUCGUGACAUGCUGCAGAUCAAGCGCUCCGUUUCUGCUAGCUACAGCCAGGUGAGUGGGGGUGCUACAGUCGGCGAGGUCGGUGGUACAGUCAGGUCGAUGCACUUCAUUCUGCCCGAAUACCUCAUGAAGUCAACCCCCUCCGUGCCCCGGGAAGGUGAUACUGGCCGGGGCAGGGAGGGCGCACCUGGGGAAGGCUUACUUGACGUCCCAGCUGCUGGGGGGAUGGAUAGCAUGGAAGCUUUAGAGCAGGCGGCUGCUGGGAAAGCUGCAGCAGGAGGAGCAGGGGAGGGGGCGGCGAAACCGCGCGUGCCCAUGUUUGUGAGCGGAGGGACGGUUCAAGAGCAGGAGACAGGAGCAGGGGUGAAAUCCCAACAGGCGAACCCGGAGGAGAUUGAAUUGGCUGAUGAGGAGGAGGAAGAGGAGGAGGAAGGGGAGGAGGGAGAGGGAGAGGGAGGGGAGGGCAAGGGGAGGAGCAAGGUGGGGGUGACGCAGGUGUCGGUGCCUGCAGGGGUGUUUGGUGCUCUGGCUGGGAAGGCAGAGGAAAUGGCGAAGAGAGAGAGGGAGGCGGCUGAGAAGGGCGGGGAGGAGGAAGGGAAGGAGGCGGCGCUGGGAGCGUUGGAGCGGUUUAAGAGGCAGAGGAAGCAGUAG